AGGGGUCCUGCCAUGUGCUCCAUCCAGCUUCCUGUAGUUACGCUUCGGCUCUAACUACCUUACCUAGAGGCAUCCAUCUAUUGUUGAACUCCAAGUAUUCGAAGACGCUGACCCGACAACAUCGCCAAACAACAAUAUUUUUGUGGCAGUUGAUCAGCGACCUGUUAUCGACAAGCCCUAAACUUUAUCGACCUUAUUGACGUCGACGACCACCGCUCUACGAAGACCCACGAUACAGCUUUACCUUCCGCCUCGUAGAGUAGCGAAUGGGCACCAUCUUGUCUUACACAAGUCAACCUUUCGCCUUGGACCCGAUUCUCCAAAACAGCUACCUCGCCGUCGAACCCUCAGAAGCUUUGCAUGUCUCCGCCGGAGCAGUCCACAACUUCAUCUAGCCAGCCGGUCUUAGACGAGACGCUGUCUAACAAGUCCAAUGUCGAGUUGAUGUCUGCUCAGGACCCUGCGGCAGGGACGCCUGAAACCUCCGAUAAUCAUAGUCAUGGAUCGAGCUCCAGGGAAAAAGCCGGAAAGGAGGACAGUUUGAUCGAUCUCGGUGAUCAGGCAGCUGACGUCCCAUCACACGAUCAUAAGGCUGAUGCUGCUGAGCAAGGUCCCUCAGGAAAGCUUAAGGAAAAGCAAGCCGCCGAUGAUUAUCAAGCUCCUAGCGGUUACUUGAACACUCAUGCCUCAACAGCAGGCAAAAUCAACCCUAUUGCACUACCCUCGUCGAACGAUGCUACUACACAAUACCUCACCGCCGAACCAUCCACUUAUGUUGACCCCACGCCUGCGACCCCAAUAACCUCUCAGCCACCUUCGCGGACCCCUUCAAAUGCUGCGCGUUCCCAUGUCUCUGGAGACUCUACCCCUCCCAAAUCAGACGCAGAGUUUGAUGAGAGACGAUAUGUAAGUGAAGAUGAGCACGAAGGCGCUUCACAGUCCGAAAUUCAGAGCAUCAUGGAGCAGUUUAGCGAGUUUGGUGGUGGUCCCGGCGAAGAAGAAGUCAUGAGUCCCAGACUGGAGAUUGCCUCUCCGAUGCUGGGUCAUCCUGUUCAACAUCCUCCUCGAAAGUCUAGUCUGGAACCUCUUGUGCCUACACUCUCUGGUCAGAUGCAGGGCCUACACAUCUCCACGGGUUCCCCUCCAGCUGAGACCCCAAACAACACUGGUGCCGAGGAUCUGGGGCCACCUGUCCCACCCAAGGAUGGUGUCCAUGGAACACCUCCACGUCCUAAAAUAGAGCGGAACAUGAGCGUUGCUUCUCCAAACUCGCCAGCGCAAUCGCACCGGCCUCCUCCUCCUGAGCCAGAGCCCGAGCCCACUCAACCAUUCGAUUUCCACCGGUUUCUUGAGCAAUUGCGAAACAAGAAGGCAGAUCCUGUGGCAAGGUACCUCAAGUCUUUCCUCUCAGAGUUUGGCAAACGGCAAUGGAUGGUGCAUGAGCAAGUCAAGAUUAUAGGGGACUUCCUGGCCUUUAUUGCCAACAAGAUGGCACAAUGUGAGGUCUGGAGGGAUGUAUCCGACGCGGAGUUCGAUAAUGCUCGUGAGGGGAUGGAAAAGCUAGUCAUGAACAGACUGUAUACUCAGACAUUUUCACCUGCUAUUCAAGCGCCCAAACCGAUCCCUGGGGCGAAGCCGAAGCGCAAGGGCGGCGAUAUACCUCUUGGCCCCGGUAGGCGAGGUCAACACCAAGAGGAUGUUGAGAGAGAUGACAUUGUUAGACAGAAGAUGAGCAUUUAUGGCUGGGUGAGGGAAGAACAUUUGGACAUUCCGCCAGUCGGUGAUAGUGGACGCCGGUUUUUGAAACUAGCCCAGCAAGAGCUGCUGAAAAUAAAAUCCUACAGAGCACCGCGAGACAAGAUCAUCUGUGUGUUGAACUGUUGCAAGGUGAUCUUUGGUUUAUUAAAACAUAACAAGUCUGAUUCCUCAGCUGACUCCUUCAUGCCCCUACUUAUCUAUGUUGUACUGCAAUCAAAUCCAGAGCACCUAGUGUCUAAUGUGCAAUACAUCUUACGCUUCAGGAAUCAGGAAAAGCUCGGGGGUGAAGCAGGCUACUACUUGUCCUCGUUGAUGGGUGCUGUUCAAUUCAUUGAAAAUAUGGAUAGAACUACUCUAACGAUUACUGAUGAGGAGUUUGAGAAGCAUGUGGAAGAGGCAGUUUCAGCAAUUGCUGAAAAGCAUGCUCAAUCACCUCCAGCCACCCAACAGCCAGUGUUCAACGAGAAGUCUGGGCCUCUUCCCGGAGAAACUUCUGCUCGUCCUUCUCUUGACGGACCACGCACUUCAACUUCGAAUGACGAGUAUACGGGUGACGAGAAAGCUGCCAUCACUGGUCUUCUCAAGACCAUACAAAAACCUCUUUCCAGCAUUGGGAGAAUGUUCUCUGACGACCCGGGCCCUUCUAUGGAUCCCGGGCCCAGUAGUGCGCCUCGGACACCAGCGCCACCGGAGCGUCUCAGCCGUGAGGAGCCUCGCGAACAUCAACAAGUACCUUCAAAACAUGCAUUAUCUGCUGAGGAGGCUGCCGCACGGCAGGCGAGCGCCGAAGCAGCCGAGGCUCAGCGACUUUCCCGUGCAGAGCAUGCAAAUGUUGUCGAAACAUUAGCAGGCAUGUUCCCGGACUUGGACAAGGAUGUUAUAAGUGAUGUCGUUUAUGAGAAGGAGGGCAGGGUCGGCCUGGCUGUUGAUGCGUGUCUCGCUCUUUCAACAUAAUGCGUCUGGGGGGUAGAUAAUUGUUGGAGCCAAGAAGCUGCCUAUGCUCCUUUUAAUUGGCUUUGAAGCAUCGCGGUGCGAUUUCAGGUUAUGACAACCGCCAUGGUUUCCACUGGCAGCAGGAUAGAACAGAAAUACCAUCAUUUUUUUCUUUCAAUGAGGUCCGGGGUCCCACCGCGUGCUGUUACAGAUGUUGAUGAUCUCGCUGAGCUUAAAAGGAUCAGCACCGAGCGUUAUGCAUACCACGUUGCAGCCGCAGUGACACCUUAUCUCAGAUCUCGUCGAUCACAUUUCCAAGCAUCUGGC